CCAUUGUAGCAGAUGAUGUCUGAGGAGAAUGAAUGUCAACAUGUGCUUCAGGCUGAAAAGUUUCAAGGCUACUUGACAAUCAAGAGCACAAUAUGACAUCACCUAGAUGAUUUGACUGUAAUGAAGGGUUGGACUAGUGUGGCAAUCACAUUGAGAGAGGAGGUUUCCAGCCAAUGGGAGAGAAGAAAGCAGAGGCAGCUGCUUGCUCUAUUGCAAGGAAGGUCCCUGACUACAGAUGUGGAACAACAAUCAAACCAUGGUUUGAUUUAUUCAAAGCCACUUGCCUGGGAGUGGAACUGCAUCAUAGACUCCAUAGAAAACUCACUAGUUGGGUAUUGUAUGGAACAAAUCUUUGUGGUCCAUGUUAGUAGGCUACUGCUGUUACAAUGGUCCAUUACUCAAAUAUUUUGUCUGCUUUGUGAGUAUAUAAGUUAUUUUGAAUCCUACCUGUUGGAGUACAUCUCUUUGUUGCACUGAUUCUUGCCUGAUGUAAGUAAAGUCAGGUAGGUAUUGAUUGUUAUCUGCUGCUAAUUAUCUACUACACAGAGUUUUCCUGGUAUUUUAGUAGAAUUUAGUUAUCUUUUUGAGGCUGCCUUUGAUGAUCUUGUAUUGAGGUGGACUAGAAAGGGGUGGGAUGAUUUGAGCAUUGUGAUUUGUAAAGGGGUCUCCAUCUUUGAGUGUAUGA